AUGGCAGUUUGCAAGAUCGGUUUCUUGACUUGGGUUCUCUUUGUCAUUGUUGGAAUCUUGAUCUCCGGUGGCAACUUUGUGUCCAGCCAAGGUCAAUGCGACUUUCAGGCCCUGCAGGUGUGCUGGGAUUACGUUAAGAAGGAAGGUGACAUGAUUCCACCAUCUCCAGAAUGCUGUAACGCCAUCAAGAACUCGGACGUGCAAUGCAUCUGCCAGCAUUUGCCUCCCGCGGUGUGUCCUCUUAUUAGCAUGAAGAAGGUGGCCUAUGUCGCGGAAUACUGCAAAAAACCACUUAGCGGACAGAAAUGUGGAUCUUGCCCACUCUGA